ACCAUGGACAUAGAUAGAAGUUAGGUACGAAAGAGGGGUAUCUGUAGGCGGUGGGUGCGCAAUUGCGUCCAAUUCGGUCUCUAAAAAGCUGAGAUUCAGAAACAGAAACUCUGGAUUCCUCUUACCGUCCUAAGCGACGGUUCAUAUGCCGGUUGGCUUCGAGGUUGUGACGGACUUGAAUCUAGACGGCUUCAUUUCCUUUAUUAAGACAUGGAGAAAGUGUGCUUCUGGUCAAAUUGCUUCCAGUUUCGAGUUUUUUCAUUUCAAGAAGUGCUCGACUGGAGGUGUCUUGUCCUUGGAGACUUUCUUUUGGUUUCCUUUGUUAAUUGCACUUAGUGGUCAGUUUCUCUUUAAUGAACAGAACAAGAGGCGUGAUGCAAAAUUUUUCUGAGAUAGGUGUUAGAUCUUUAGUGCACUUAUUCAAUGCAUUGUUGAUACAUCAUCCAGUCAAAGCUUUUGGGAACACGUCAUCCAGAGUUAAAAGUCUGCAAGGAGCCAAAUGAAAGCUGCUUAAGUAAUUAAGAAUUAGAUAAGACCUUACCUCAAAUCCCUGCAGACUGUAGUUCUUAGAAAAUGGUUGCUCCUGAUGGGUACUGGUUUUGAGUGUCAAGAUAUCUGCUCACUGAACAAUUUCCAUGUAGCGUAGAUGAGGUAGCUCUUUAUUGUGUUAUCAAACCUUUUAGUGACUUUCUUAAGAUUGUCUACGACCAUCAUUCUGGUGGGUUCCUACUUCUGUGUUUGGUUCCAAUAUGUUUUGUGGUCUUUGUUUUGUCCUGCCUUCCAUGCUUUUUUGCUAUCUUGAAGUUGCGGGUUUAGCAAUGAAUAAGCCCCUCCAUCCAAAACAUUCUGGUUUUGUGCUCUCAAUUACCUCCACAGAAAAUUAACUGGAGAAUUAGCUGGACCCAGCCGGACUUCUGUACUUUCUACUACGGUUCAUCUACCUUAGAUGUCAUAUAGUGUUUUUGAGACUUGCACUUUUUGUGAAUAAAGGAGGAGCAUCUUUGUAUUCCACAAGGAAGAAUGGAGAGGUACAAGUUAAUCAAGGAAGUUGGUGAUGGAACAUUUGGGAGUGUGUGGCGAGCGAUUAAUAAGCAGUCUGGUGAAGUUGUUGCAAUUAAAAAGAUGAAGAAAAAAUAUUAUUCAUGGGAAGAGUGCGUUAAUCUGAGAGAAGUUAAGUCAUUGCGGAGAAUGAAUCAUCCAAAUAUUGUGAGACUCAAGGAAGUCAUACGGGAAAAUGACAUUCUCUACUUUGUUUUUGAGUACAUGGAAUACAACCUUUACCAACUUAUUAAAGACAGAGAGAAGCUAUUCUCUGAAGCUGAAAUAAGGAAUUGGUGCUUCCAAUUGUUUCAAGGACUUGCUUACCUGCACCAGCGAGGAUAUUUUCAUCGUGACCUGAAGCCAGAGAACUUGUUGGUUACAAAGCAUUUAAUUAAAAUUGCUGAUUUUGGUCUUGCUCGAGAAAUCAAUUCACAACCACCCUAUACGGAGUAUGUCUCAACGCGGUGGUAUCGGGCCCCUGAGGUGCUGCUUCAGUCAUACCUCUAUAGUUCCAAAGUUGAUAUGUGGGCAAUGGGUGCUAUCAUGGCUGAGUUAUUCACUCUUCGUCCUCUUUUUCCUGGUACAAGUGAAGCAGAUGAGAUCUACAAAAUAUGCAAUAUAAUAGGGAGUCCAACAAAGGACUCCUGGGCUGAUGGACUUAAUCUUGCUAGUGCUAUUAACUAUCAGUUCCCACAGUCAGUUGGCGUCCACCUUUCUGCACUUAUACCAUCAGCAAGUGACGAUGCAGUCAACCUUAUCAAGUUGCUUUGUUCUUGGGAUCCAAGCAAGAGGCCUACAGCUGGAGAGGCACUUCAACAUCCUUUUUUCCAGAGUUGCUUUUAUGUUCCACCAACCCUUCGUUCGAGAGCACCUGUUACUAGAACUCCUCCAUCUGCUGGAACAAAGGUUGCCUUGGAGCAGCAAUGUGCUAGGAGGCAGCCAGCGUCAUUGCCUAAUUCAAAGGUCACUCACGGUUUUCUAUCUUCAAAGUUAAAUGCUUCCUUGAGCUCAGGUGUACAGCGUAAACUGGACCUGGUUAACCAGGACGCAAGUAGGAACGAAAAAUCAUUGAAGAGUGCUGCUAAACAACAGAAAUAUCGACCACCAGGAAGGAAGAGCCCAAUGGUCAUUAACAAGGCUAGAAGUACACGUGGAGUGUCUGAUGCAGCUGAUAAGUUUGCGAGUAUGUCGAUUGGUUCUCACAGGCAGAUUGGGGCACAACCUAAGCCGCCACCUAUGAAAGCUGGAGUGCAGUGGAGUGGUGAAUCUGGUGACAUGUUUCUCAGACAAACCCAUCAAUUUCAACCUGGCAGAAGUUAUACUAGAAAAGUUGCGGGAUAAGUUUCAGUGGGCGUUUAGUAUGUUUGUGUAAUGAGUAGUACAUUAGUUGGAAUGAAUUACAUAAAUGUGUGAUGUGUGGUGUGUGGUGUUGCAUAUGCAUAUAACAGACAGAAUGCUUCAGUUAUUUGUCAGCUUGGCUUUUUUUUUUUUUUUGGUUAAUAAUAAAAGACGGCACAUGGUGGAGAAGAAGAUGUGCAAACAUAGUUUUAAGUUGGUGUUUAGCUUCUCAUGUUGGGGAUGAAAAUGAAAACUUACUUUUGCCUUUA